AUGGCGGUUGCCGGGAUUGCGAUCGCAGCAUUGCUGAUGGCAAUGAAUUCCUCAGACGGCGGCGCAGACCCAACGGUGUCGGAACAACCCGCCAUACCGCAAGCCACGCCGUUGGCAUCCGUUGCAACGGCCCAGCAGAUUUUUGCCAACCAGUUGUAUUGGGGUGUAACGGAUCCCAACGACUCAUUCCCCGAACCGCGUGGGGAUGAGUUUGGUGAGAGCGACCUAUUCUUGAAUGUUGCUACCGGGGACGUCUUCGAACUGGUUGGCGGGCAAUGGGCGUUUCCAUCGGUGGGCUCGCUCACUGGCCCGUCCGGUCCAUGGGGAACGGGUUGGUAUUGGGGUAACGGAGCUCCCGGGCCGGGGAAUGUGGUUUCCAGGGGCCAAGGGUUCCAAACUGGCGACCUGUACCUGGAUGCGACGACCGGGGAAAUUUAUGGAUAUGCAGCUGACGGUUGGCCAGAGAUGCCGUUGGGAUCGCUGCGUUCGCCCGCCGGCGCACCAGGAAACCGAUGGUACUGGGGCCAGGGCGCACCGAUUGAACGGCCCCCUGCGCCCCGGGAAGGCGGGUUCGUGCCGGGCGAUCUUUACCUCGACAUCGGCAGCGGCGAAGUAUAUGAGCACGAGGUUGACGCCUGGGGAACAUCGCCCAUAUUCGCGUUGAUCCAACACUCAGCGGGUGGCCUGUCCCGCUGGCGGUUGGGGCUCGGACACCCGGACUCGGCGCUCACGGGGAGAGAUGAGCUGGCGCUGGAGGAUGGGGAUUUAUACCUGGAUGCGAACUCGGGGCGGAUCUACCGGUUCUGGAACGAGAUGUGGCUUUUGUUGCCCGCGGCAUCCGGGUCGGGCGGAACGGGAGGAACGCAACCGGCGGCGAGUGGCCCGGAUGGCAAUCGGUGGUAUUGGGGGAUGCGCGCACCGGGGCAGGAUGGGCCGGUGCCCAUCGGCGCUGAGUUUCAGUCGGGCGAUCUAUUUCUUAAUGUCGCCAACGGAAACGUGCACCAAUUCGACGGGUCGCAAUGGGAUUCCGUUCCGCUAGGGUCACUCCAGGGUCCUUCAGGAUCGGAUGGGAGUGACGGGUCGGACGGUGGGCGCGGCCCGCCGGGGCCAUCCGGUGCGGCCCAAGGGCCACCAGGAGUGCCGGGGCAACCGGGUCCGCAGGGUCCGGCGGGAGUACGGGGGCCGACGGGUGUCGAGGGAUUGCCAGGGGAGCAAGGGCCAGUAGGAGCUAUGGGCCCAAGGGGGGAACCAGGAGCGCCGGGCCCCCAAGGAUUGCGUGGAGAGCAAGGGCUGGUGGGGUCACGCGGGGAACAAGGGUCGCCGGGAGAGCAGGGACCGGUGGGGUUACGUGGGCAACAAGGGUCGUCGGGAAAUCAGGGCGCAGAAGGCCCCAUUGGUCCGCGAGGGGACCCGUGGGAUAAAGGCGCCACCGGGGACCAGGGACCGCCCGGAGGCGCCGUCGGUCCGCAAGGUCCGCAAGGGCUGCCGGGACUCCAGGGUGAAAGAGGCGAGACGGGACGCAUUGGAAGGCCCGGAAAAACCGGUCUGCAAGGAGAUUCGGGCGUCCAGGGGAGCCAGUGGUAUUUCGGAUCAGGCAACCCAACCGACAAUCCUCCAGGCACCAGGGGAAGCGGCUUCAACGUCGGUGACAUGUACUUCGAUAUUACCGGUUGCGGGAUCUACGCCUACGAGAGUGCGGGUUGGGGAGCUUCGCCGAUCGUUACGUUGUCAGGCUGUUCUUAA